AACAUGUAUUGACACUCACCUGUAGAAACCAGAUAACAAUGCUCACAGUUACCCUGCCCACGAGAAUCUUAGGAGGAACUCGAAGGUAGCCUGUGUGGAUAAGUAGCUUUUAGGGAACACAUUCUGUUAGGGCACAAUGUAGACGAGCUAUCAAAAAUGCUGAACAUUUAUUUGCCUGUGUUCACUCUUCUGGCGCUACAUAUGACAGACUCCACCACCAUAGCUCCACCAGAAGGGGUUCAUUUCAACUCCACAAACCUAUGCAAUGUUGUGGUGUGGAAACCUGGCGUGGAAGGAACCCGCUACUCAGUGGCGUACGCAAUCUAUGGUGAUGAAGACAAGGCAGUAGGGGGGCAGGUUGCGUGGAGGGAGGUUAAACACUGCACUCGGAUCCUCCAGAGCUCCUGCGACUUAUCAGACCAGACCCAUAACUUGGACGAUGAUUACUACGCCAGAGUGAGAGCAGUUAGCGACUCCGGAGUCACCUCUAACUGGAUGACCACCCUAAGGUUCUAUCCUCGGACAGACACGGCCUUGGGUCCACCACAGUUGGCAGUGCAUGUCAAUGGAAAUAUCCUCGAUAUUAAACUGAAGGGUCCGAUGCGAUGGAAGAACAAACACAUGAAGAAAGAGCGUCCUCUGAAGAAUAUCUUUACUGGGUACAACAUCUCUGUCUAUGACAACACAAAUAGACAAGUGAGGCAGAUUAUAACGCAGAACCAGUCCUACAGACUUGGUUCGCUGGUAUAUGAUACCAUGUACUGCAUCUCUGCGGGGACCUACUCACAGCACAUUCCUGUAAAAUCCCAUGCAACUGAAUGGCACUGCGUGACAACACCAACGGAUCCCUUUAAGGAGCGCAUGCUGCUGGUGAUUCUAGGUGGUCUUCUGCCCUCCGCGAUAUCAUUGUUUGGCCUGAUAUUAGUCAGCUGUCUUGUUUACCAUUACAUAUUUGGUAACAAGCAGAAACAACCACACAGCACGGUGAUAUUACCUCGUGAGCCUGAAGUGGCAAUUAUUGAUUUCAACAUCAACAUCAUCAAACCCAUGCUCCAGCCAGCGCUGAUUCACUCGGGGGAUGAAUGGGAGAAGCUCCUUCCCACUAUCCAGCCUCCUCAACAUCCACAGCAACCCAGGGAAGCACUGGAGCCCCAGCCUCCCUCCUAUGCAUCUCAGCAACCUCCUGCCAGUGCGUCACCAGUUUAUAACUCACAAUCAUGGCAGUCUUCAGGAUCUGUUGGUGAAGAUGAUGUCCAGGAGGUUGAAGAUGAGAUGCCUCCAGACUACGGAUUUGUUGUCCACCAGCCUCCAGAAGAAUCGAGGGGAACGGGCUUUGAUUCUCCCGUCCUCCCACAGCCCCCCGUGACCCCCGUGACCCCCGAGACCCCCGGCACUGGAACCAACCCUUACAAGAUGAGGAAUGGCAGCUCAUGUCAGUCAGCAUGUCAGAGCGACACAGACGAGCACGGUCCAACGCUGAUAGACUGGAAUCCAAGCACUGGCAUUCUGCAUAUCCCCGAUUUGAACCCAAUGCUGGUCAGGUGUGAGGCAGAGGAGGAGGAGGAGGUAGACGUGUCCAUACCCAGAGACAUUUUCUCCAGCCUAGUGGUGAGACAGCCAUCGCAGGAGAGCUGUGAGCCCGAGGAUGACCUCUUUCAAAUGGAGACUGCCUGGCAGCUACAAGUCAACAUGGAGGAAUAACUCAUGUCUAUGCAACAGCACACCGGCAACUAGGGUUUCCACCCUCAAUACACAAAAUAAGUGAAUAUGUGAAGUAUCAGUGUUUUCGUUUCAAGAUAAUACAAAAUGUAGACAGUCAAGGGGAAGACAGGUGGCAACCAUAAUGACAAGCAGUCUGCUCAGUAGCCUGUCAUUUAGAUUAAGAUGUGUAACUGGAAGGAAUAGUGACGUAAUACAUAUAUAUAUACAUGUAUAUAUACACUGUGCAGUUUUAACAUUUUUCUAAAGUAUCACAAAGAACAAUAUGAAGUAAAUUGCAUCUUCUAUAAUUUUGUACUGUAAACUAACAUGAAUGUGCCAACUAAGUGUUUUCUCUGAAAUAUGAAGGAUUAUAUAUGGCUAGUGUUGUGAUUGAGUUCAGUCUCAGUCUGUGAAACUCAUCUACUGUAUAAGCUUACCUCUACAACCAUUAAAAAUGCAGUCCACAAUUCA